AUGGGAAAUUUCAACCUCUCUCACAGACUUGUUUUGGCACCACUCACUAGACGGAGAUCCUACAACAACAUUCCUCAACCUCAUGCUAUCCUGUAUUACUCCCAGAGAACAUCUAAAGGUGGUCUUCUCAUAUCCGAAGCUGCUGGUGUCUCAGAAACUGCUCAAGGAUAUCCAAACACGCCAGGUAUUUGGACAAAGGAGCAAGUGGAAGCAUGGAAACCUAUUGUAGAUGCUGUUCAUGCCAAAGGCGGUAUUUUUUUCUGUCAAAUUUGGCAUGCUGGAAGGGUUUCUAAUUCAAUUUAUCAGCCCAAUGGACAAGCCCCAAUAUCGCCCACGGACAAGUCACUCACAAGCAAUGAAGUACAACAAUACACGCCUCCAAGACGGCUAAAGGCAGAUGAAAUUCCUCAUAUUGUCAAUGAUUUCAAAAUUGCUGCAAGAAAUGCUAUUGAAGCGGGAUUUGAUGGGGUUGAACUCCAUGGAGGCUAUAACAGACAAGAUGGGAUCAAUGCUAUAGCUGAAAACAGGGCAGAUCUUGUUGCUUAUGGUCGUUUGUUCUUGGCUAAUCCAGAUUUACCAAAGAGAUUUGCACUUGAUGCUCCUCUCAACAAGUAUAACAGAGAAACAUUCUAUACUCCUGAUCCUGUUCUUGGUUAUACUGACUACCCUUUUCUUGAAUGA